AUGGGUGACUCAGGACUACCGGCCCCGCUCCGCGCUAGCUUGGAGAGCACCAAGGUCUCAUACACCCAAUUGGGGAAGUCUGGCUUGAGAGUGUCCGUCCCUAUCCUUGGGGCCAUGUCUUUCGGCCAUAAAGAUUGGCAACCGUGGGUGAUAGAUGACGAGGAAGAAGUCGAUAAACUCCUCAAAGGCGCCUACGAUCGUGGCCUCAACACCUGGGACACAGCCAACGUCUAUUCCAAUGGUGUUUCCGAAGAACUUAUCGGCAAGACCAUCAAGAAGCAUAACUUACCACGACACAAGCUCGUCCUCUUGUCCAAGGCUUAUGGCACUGUCGGUGAGGAACCUGGUACCAUCCAUGUCAAGUGGGGUGCAGAAAUGAAGCAGUCCAAGGAUUACGUCAAUCAAGGAGGUCUGAGUCGAACAGCAAUUCAUAAUGCGGUCGACAGAAGUCUUGAGAGACUGGGCACCACGUAUCUAGACCUUUUGCAAAUCCAUCGUUUCGACCCGACUGUGCCGGUUGAGGAAACGAUGAAGGCUCUGCAUGAUCUUGUCGAGUCGGGGAAGGUCAGAUAUAUUGGAGCAUCAAGCAUGUGGACUUACCAGUUCGCCAAAUUGCAGCACGCAGCGGAGAAGCAUAAUUGGACAAAGUUCGUCUCCAUGCAGAACCACUACUCGCUGGCAUAUCGUGAGGAGGAGCGAGAGAUGAACCCAUACUGCAACGAGACGGGUGUUGGCCUUAUUCCAUGGGCACCACUGUACCGAGGCUUACUGGCACGACCUCUAGGCUCUACCGCAACCGAACGCGAGGAGAGUACCAAGAGCAAUCCGACAUUUUCUAACGUCAGUCCUGAGGAUAAGGAGAUCAUCAAGCGUGUGCAGGAGCUUGCAGACAAGAAGGGCUGGAAGAUGUCUCAAGUCGCCCUGGCUUGGAUCAUCCAGAAGAACACCAUCCCCAUCGUGGGCUUCAGUAAUCUCAACCGUUUGGAUGAGGCAGUCGCCGUGCGAGGAAAGGUGCUCAGUGAUGAUGAAGUCAAGUACUUGGAAGAACCAUACAAGCCCAAGGCUAUUGUCGGGCACUCAUAG